UUAAUUUCUUCGUAUUGAACUUUAUUUUGAACAUUGUGCCUUUCUGCAGUGCAAGUGUUUGGACUCUCAGGGCCGCUGUUGGCUAAUGUAGAGACUUCCCCCGCAUCAUUUGUCACAUUAAACAGAGAAAGAGACACACAUACACCACACAAGCGUCGUUGUAGAAACCGAGAGAUAUCCGCGCCGCGCUUCCUUUUUCUCGGAAUCAAGAAACACAUAAAAAAUAUUUCUCUGGAUCACUUUGUAAAAGAGGACCUUGACGUUUUGGAAUAUCUCUCUUUAAAUCUACAGCGUUUGUCGAAGAUAAAAUGUCGGGCAGAACAAUGAGACGGCAAGUACUGUUGUUUAUCUCGAUUUUUUUCCUCAGCUCAGUGUUCGGGCAGGUCACAUACUCCAUUCCCGAGGAAAUGACAAAAGGGUCUCUGGUUGGUAACAUAGCGCAGGAUUUAGGAUUAGACGUGAAAAGACUGAAGUCUGGUAAAGCCCGAAUAUAUACAGAGGACAAUGCGGAAUACAUCGAGCUGAAUAAAGACAGAGGAGCCCUACUUGUGAAAGAGAGGAUCGACAGAGAGGCGCUCUGUGGACAGACAACACCUUGCGCUUUACAUCUUCAAAUUACCCUCGAAGAUCCGAUUGAAUUCUUUACAGUUACAGUCGAAAUUAAUGACAUUAACGACAAUGCACCGAGCUUCAAAAAGGAUGAGAUGAAAUUUAGGAUUAGUGAGUCGGCUGUGAUUGGAGCAAAAUUUGUGCUAGAAAGAGCUAUGGAUCUCGAUGUCGGUGUUAACGGACUGCAGAGUUAUUCGUUAAAGCCUACAGACAACUUUCAUAUUAAACUCCAAAAUCAACAAGACGGAAGUAAAAAGGUAGAGAUGAUUUUGCAAAAACAUCUAGACCGAGAGGCGCAAGAGCACCUCUCUUUAACUCUCACAGCUAUUGAUGGCGGUGAUCCUCAUCUGUCGGGAACAAUGCGAGUAGAAAUUUCAGUGCUUGACGCAAAUGACAAUGCUCCUGUAUUUACGCAAGAAGUAUAUAAGGUUACAAUAAUGGAGACUGCGCCGAAGGGAACAGUUUUGAGUACCGUUAGAGCUCUAGAUGCAGAUCAAGGUUCAAAUGGAAAGGUGUCAUAUUCAAUAACAAACACGUUGGACGAUGUCCCUCUUAUUUUUCAAAUCGACGAAGAAAAUGGUGUUGUCGCUUUAUCUGGAAAUGUGGAUUAUGAAAAGGCACAGCACUAUGAAAUACACGUACAAGCUAGUGAUGAUGGAGGACUAACAGAUUCGUGUAAGAUUAUUGUUGAGGUUACCGAUACGAACGAUAAUCACCCGUCUAUUAAUAUUAUGUCUAAGACUAACUCGAUAUCUGAAAAUUCUAAGCCGGGAACUGUAGUAACUAUAUUUAAUGUUCAAGAUCCUGACUCUGGAGAAAAUGGCAAAGUGACGUGUAAUAUCGAUGAACACAUGCCAUUUCUAAUGAAAGCAACGUCGAAAAAAUUCUUUAGCUUGGUAACCGACAGUGAAUUAGACAGAGAGAGAGCCUCUGAGUAUAACAUCACAGUGACGCUCUGA